CCCGGGUCUUUGCGUCAACAACAUCACUUCCCCGCAUUCUCUGCUCGUCGCUGCCGUAUGCUGCGUCUUGGUAUUCAUCAUCGUUUGAUUAAACUCCAUCACUGAAAAACAAGUAUAGUUUGACCAUGACUGCCAAGCGUCUCGCAGAUAAGUCUCAACGCACCACCGAUCCUGAUGACGGAUGGGUUCAUUUCAGUGCCAGCGAGCAACAUGCUGCUACUCCCGCCGACGUUGAGUCUAUGCCGGAGCGCAUUAUAAAGAUCACUGCCGAUGAAAAUGAUCUCACAAAGUUCUACAACAUCAAGUUCUCUCCUACCAGAUCCCAGCGCCUUGAGAGAUUCUACAAUGAGGAGCUCGAAAGCCUGUUCAAGGCGCCGUUCGAUACGUACAGCCAAGAAGACAAGGUUGACUUCUUACUUCUUCGAAACUAUCUGAGAAAGAACAUUCGCGUCUUGCUUCUGGACCGCAAACGCGAUGAGCAAGUGAAGCCGAUACUCCCAUUUGUUCAGGCUCUGAUCGACAUUUGCGAGGCUCGCCAAAACAUGGUCCCCGUUGAUAGCAAGAAGACAGCCAUGAUAUUGAAUGAGACAGUCAAGAAAAUAGUGACAACGACAAAGGCAAUCCAAUCCAAUGAGACAAAAGCUAGCGACUCAACCUUCUCGCGGGCCAUGAGCACCAUCGAUCAGAUCCGAGGUCACCUCGAUGAGUUUUAUGGGUUCUACGCCCCGUAUGACCCUUUGUUUCCCUGGUGGUGUUCUGUGCCCAAGCAGCAACUCGACGAGGCCUUAAUUGACAUCAAAUUCGCAAUCGACGCCCGGCUUACGCAAAAGAACGGGCCCGGGUCCAUUCGCGCCGCAGUCGAACCAAUCGGGAGAGAGGGCCUCCUAAACGAGCUUGAGGCGGAGAUGAUUCCCUAUACGCCAGAAGAGCUCCUCAAGUUGGCCCAGGAACAGUACCUUUGGUGCGAGAAGGAGAUGAAAAAGGCUUCACGCAGCCUUUCGAAUAAAAGUGUGGGCUCCGUUCAACUAGAUAUGGAUGGAAAUGGGGAUACAUUAGGUCUGGAAGCUGCCGGUACCGACUUUGGCGAUGAUUGGAAGGCCGCCAUGGAGUAUGUCAAGAAUAGCUACGUGGAGCCUGGACAACAGCCGGAAAUGGUCCGCCAGCUAGCUCUUGAGGGCAUCGCUUUCGUCAAGAAGCACGACCUAGUCACAGUGCCAGAGUUAGCCGAGACCUGGCGCAUGUUCAUGAUCUCGGCAGAGCAGCAAAAGGAGUCGCCGUUCUUUCUCGGUGGCCCGUCCUUCUGGGUUUCGUAUCCGACCCCCACCAUGGAUCACGACCUGAAGAUGAUGGUGAUGCGCGGCAACAAUCCGCACUUCUCUCGUGCCACGGCCUUCCACGAGCUCAUUCCCGGGCAUCGGCUCCAGCUCUUCAUGGGCAAGCGCCACCACCCUUACCGAGAGCUUUUUUCCACACCAUUCUUCGUCGAAGGCUGGGCCAUGUACUGGGAGUAUGUCUUUUGGAACAGGGGCGAUUUCUUUGUGAGUGCGGAGGACAAGAUCGGCACUCUGUUCUGGCGCAUGCACCGCUGCGCGAGGAUCAUCUUCUCCCUCAAGUACCACUUGGGAGAAAUGACGCCCCAGCAGUGUGUCGACAUGCUGGUCGACUGGGUCGGCCACGAGCGGUCCAACGCCGAGGGCGAGGUCACCCGAUCGUUCGGCGGCGACUACUCCCCAUUGUAUCAGGCCGGGUAUAUGCUGGGCGCAUUGCAGCUGCAAGGCCUGCGGGAGGAGAUUUUGACAAAGGGCCUCAUGGGCGAGAAGGAGCUUCACGACAGGAUCUUGAAGGCAAACACGAUGCCCAUUGAGCUACUCCGGGCAUUGCUCCUUAACCAAAGUCUUACUCCGGAGCAAACCUCCAAGUGGAGAUUCUACGAAUGAGGCCACCAUAACUACAACAUCCUCAACUAUGCGGUGCUCAUCAUUAGUCGAAAUAAACUCGCCAGAUAAAACGUGUAUCAAAAAUUGAACAGA